GGGGCUCAACCACGAUAUUUAAGUGCAUGUGAAUCCCCGCUCCUUAUCGUGCUUGUAUAUAAUACAAAACAAAUAUUUGCACAACAGAAUUUACAGCCAGGAUCCAAAAUUUAAAAUGUCAGUUUUAAUCAGCGGGUGAGUUUUUCAAAUAAGAUAAUGUAAUGUAAACUCGAUGUAGUGUUUAUACAAGGUAUAAGAAACCGAGUCCUAUAAAAUACGACGCAAUCGUGCAACGCAAUAGCUCAGUCUAAAAAUUUGUGUAAAAAAUGUCUCGUUUCUCAGUCGGUGUCAGUUUGAUAUUCAUUUUAGGUUGCGGCGCGAUUUGUUCUUCCGCUUCUGCCACCUAUUCCUUAGAAGACAAAUUGAAAGAAUUAGAAUCGAGACUCGAAACGAAAAUCGAUUUAUUAGAGUCUAAAAAUAGAGAACUUGAAGAAAAGGUGACGCAACUGGGGACCCAAUUAGAACGAAAUAAUGAAAGUAGAGACGAAUUGGCUCUACAAGUUAUCGAAUUGAAAACUAAAGUUCAAGAACAAGACAAAGUUUUAUCCGUCCUAUUGAGAGAAAAGAAGGCAGAUUCAGAUGUUUCGAUCAACAUUAAUAAUCAAUCACCCGUGGCUGUCAAUGGAUUGCCAUCUUCGUGUGCAGAUCUCAAAAGCAUGGGCCACAUCUGGAACGGAUUUUAUUCCGUUAUGGGAAAUACAACGAUGGAAUCCGUUUACUGCGAUUUCACUAAACCCCCAAGCGAUGCGGGUUUCCAAAAAUGGAUCGGAUACAACGGCGUCAAAUCAGCACCCGUCUAUUUCCACGCUACGAGAUCUUAUAGUUUUAACACAAUUGGACUCCCAAUUAACUACACUUACAUACCGUUGAACGUAGGAAAUGCUAUGGAUGGGGCAUCAGGAAUAUUCACGGCCCCACGAUCGGGAGUUUAUUUCUUCGCCUUCACGGGACAGGUGGAGUUUCCAGCUUCAUCCUCGCCUGAUCGUGUAGUGUUACAAGUUAUGCUUCAAAGUACACAGAGUGAAGUCGGGAGGAUUGCAGUUACAGAAACCAACACCAACGCUUAUCAUAGGAGUUUACUAACUCUUCAGGCGACGGUGAACUUGAAAUCAGGUGAACAAGUCUUGUUAAGGAUUAUCAACAUUGAUCCAGGAACUAAUUUGAAUGGCGACGGUUAUCUCUGCACCUUUUUCACCGGUUUCCUGUUGGAGGAGGAAAUUGCCGCGUCUGUUUAAAUUCGCGCGUUUUUAAAUUCAUUUUAACGUCAGCAAAUCAAUUGCCGAAUAUGAAUUUACGAAUAAGAAUGCUUACUUUGCAUCCAGAUUUUUGUUUCAAGUCCGUAUUAAAUUGAUUAUUUGUUUACCAACUGCAAAAUAAUAGGCGCAACCUAAUUACAGAUUUUCCCUACCCCAUACGCAUGCUUCUUAUUACGUAAUCCCAUAUGAAUUGAGCCACAGACUUAUUUCCAUGACGUUUUCCUGGUGACAUUCUUAACUGUUUUAUUUUUUAUUUCAGGCAAUUUUGGGUAAAUACAACAGUAUGUGGUCAGAUAAAAAUGGGAAAUAAUUUAAAGGGAUGAUUAACAAACUUCCUGAAGUAGCCACAUUCAAUUGUUAGUAGUUUAUAAUUUGAUUUGGUAAUAUCUCAGAGAAAAUCCAAUAUUUCCAACAUUGGCUGCAUCCCGCGUGUCGGUUACUGUCUCGUCGCUGUUGGUGUUGUAGAUGAUUCUGUACGGCUUACUCUUGGCUGAAAUAUAACCAAAACAUUUAAAA